UCUCGUUUCGUUCCAUACAACAGCAACUAGAUGGUGAAGUUUGUCAGUGUUCACUAAGUUCUGGUCUCGUAGGAACAGCAGAACAACUUAGCUGCGUCAGCCACGUAGAGGUUUGGUCAUGUUCUCGAACAAAAAUGGAACGAUAAGAAACUGUUGCUAUUAUUUUCAUCUGGCUGUGAUGACAGUCGUGAUGUUAACUCACCUACCGGUCAAAGGUCAACACGGCUGUCCUAAUCGGGUGUUGAUACGUCCGUGCACUUGUAGUGAGAAACUCGUGGGACUGGAUGUCACGUGCAAAGGGACGAACGUUCAUCAGCUCCGUGAAGCUAUUGGUAAUGUUCAACAAACACGUCAAACUGUGCGGUACCUAAAGUUCACAAAUAACCACCUUCCAAAGCUACCGGCGUUACUUCUAGCGGACGUGGACGUAAAAAACAUUUUGGUUUUAGACUGUAAUACUUCCAAUAUUGAUAAACUUGCAUUUACGGGGCUAGGAGACAAGCUGGAAACGCUCGACCUGUCCAACAACUUAUUACAACAUGUUCCAAGCGGGGCAUUAGGGACUUUAGGCUUACUGACAUCUCUCAGUCUGAACUACAAUAGGAUUGAGAAUAUCCACGCUUCUGCCUUCCGUGGGCUUAUUUCUCUUCUGAGGCUUUACUUGUACGGCAACAGGAUUAAAUUUAUCGACAACCUUGCCUUCUUGGGAAUUGGGGAGAAUUUGACUCGGCUAAACCUAGGGAGUAAUGGCCUCACCUCCAUUCCCAGCCAAUCUCUACAAAACCUUACAACUCUUCGCCGCCUCCAACUACCCCACAACCAGAUUACCGUCAUCCUGCCAGAAGAACUCAGACCUGUGGGGGCUCACCUCGAUACCCUUGACCUUGCCCAAAAUCUCCUAGAAGAAAUCCCAGAUGGAGCUUUCGAGUUCCUGCCUGCCCUGAGUUCCUUGGAUUUGGAAGGAAAUUGUAUAUCAUACAUUCAUCACGGAGCAUUUAAUGGCCUUGAAGAUACGCUGGAGUGGGUGAAAUUAGGUAGGAAUAACCUCGUCUCCAUACCGAUGACCUCACUCCAAAAUCUCUCUCUUCUUCGACAGUUAGACCUGCGUGGAAAUAAUAUUUCUCGUGUAACAGAACACGCUUUUUGGCCUUAUGGAAUAAGACUGAAGUACAUAUAUCUCCAGGAUAAUCAAAUUUCAGAAAUUGAAAAUAAUGCUUUUUUUCCGAUCAACAACACGCUACGGUGGCUCUACCUGCAGGGGAAUAGACUGACUACUCUUCAUAAGACGACAUUUCAACAUAUACUCGAAAAUUUAGUGAUUUUAGAUGUUCACAAUAACCCAUUUCUCUGUGACUGCAACGUAGCCUGGUUUCGAGAGUGGAUGCGAAAUAACGGCAGCAUUGUAGUGAGCAUGCCCAGAGAGACUUGUUGCCAGAAUCCUCGUGACCUGAAAGGGAUUCCUAUGGCCGAAGCUCCCAACGACAGGUUUCACAUGUGCUCCACCGCUUCCUCCUCCUCCUGCCACGUGCUCCUUUCAAUAUGGGUAUUAAUCUCCAACCAGUGCAUCAUCACGAACUUCCUUGCGUGGGUGAUAGGAUAUACCUGACAGACAAACACGAAUUUUAAAUUGUGAAACAGGACAACAGGUUUCAAGGAUUCUGACGAGGGUUGUUUUGAAACUCAAACUCUGGUAGAGACUGUAAAGCAAACGAAAGUUUGGUGUGACACUAUACUUAAUGUCUCUGUGUGUGAGGGUUUUAAACUUAUUUUCUAACAUCUUAUGUCUUUAAUUUGUAUAUCAAUAAAAAAAUUGUAUUAAAAACUGUACAUAGAACAUGAACAUUAAA